AUGUAUUUUCGAAGCGCCCACGUCGAGACUGACAUCUCGGAACUCCGGCGCUUCAUCCGCGAGAACCCGUUAGGAAUCCUUAUUACGACACUGCCCUCGCCCAACUACCCGACACUACAAUGCACCCACAUUCCAUGGGUGCUUGACGUGCUCGACGAAGACAGCAACACGGAACUGGGCACGCUACGGGGCCAUCUAGCGAAGCAGAACCCUCACUGCAAGGCCAUGCAGGAGGCUGUCGAGCGUGAGUCGGGCACGGUUGCGAAUGGCACACUCCAACAAGAGGUGCUAGUGGUCUUUACCGGGCCCGUCCAGUCUUAUGUCACGACCAAGUUCUACACCGAAACCAAGCCAACAACCGGCAAGGUAGCUCCGACAUGGAACUACUCUGCCGUACAGGUCUACGGGCGGGCGACCGUCUUCUUCGACACCAAGGCCGAGUCCACGGCCGCCUUUCUUGACAAACAGCUUGUCGACUUGUCUGAGCAUACCGAGCGCAACAUCAUGGGCUAUACCGGCGUCGACGGGCGCCCGGCACCGUGGGAGAUUACUGACGCGCCCAGCUCUUUUAUCAACAUUCUCAAAAAGGCCAUUACCGGCGUCGAGAUCACCAUCGACCGACUUGAAGGAAAGCACAAGAUGAGCCAAGAAUUGAGCGUGGGGGACCGUGAAGGUGUUAUUCAGGGGUUUGAGGCUCUCGGGACAGACGACGGCCGCCGAAUGGCUGCGGCUGUACGGGAGAGAAGCGCUAUGAAAGAUGCCUAG